AUGUCGUCUCCUCCAACAUCGAAACGAAUUAAGACCUCCGUCCCCGCCAACGCACCAUCCCAUCUGUUAGCUCCGCAACAAGUCAAUCCCUACUCACGAGUGCCUUCGUACGAGGGCAUUCCUAUGCCCCAAGCUCAGAUUCCUCCGCCGAACCCGCGCAAACGCCGUGCUUCGCCUCAAGCAGGCACCACCGCGGCCAUGCCAGCUUCAGGCGCGACCGGAGCCGGAGGCGAGCCCGGGUCCGGAGUACCAGAGCCUACACCGAAGAAAAAAGGAAGAACUAAUACUCCCUGGACUGCAGAGGAGGAACAGCGGUUGAAGACUAUGCGCGACGCUGGCCGCAGCUGGAGCGAAAUUGCCAAGACUUUCCCCACUCGGACCGAGGGAAGUGUCAAGAAGCAUUGGUAUAAGGACAUGCACUACGCUGAGUUUGCGGAAGAUGAGUCUGUAGCGCUUCGCGAUGCGAUCAAAGAAUACGAGGCGAAUAAGUGGAAAGUAAUCGGGCAGAAAGUUGGGAAGCCAGCCAAGGCGAGUUCUCAAAGUGACCAGCCCCAGCACAACCGACUGACAUAUCCCAAUAUAGGCUUGUGA